CAUCAACCUCCCCGUGCCCCCCCGGUGCGGCGUCCAGCACGACCAUCUUUAUCGCACCACCUCCACCACGCCGUCCGCUCCCUUCUUCACCGCUGCCUCGCAGCUUCAUCGCACACGACUACCCCGCCGUUGCCCGCACAAUGGCCGAGUCUUGGGAGCAAGAAGAGGAGGAGCUCUCCCGCCAGACGCAGCAAAACCUCAACCUCAACAACCCGCAAGCAGGCACCUUCCGACCCGGCGCCUCGAGCUUCCAGCCCGGCGUGCCGUCCUUCCAGCCCGGCCAGUUCCAGCAAUACGCAGGCGGCUACGGCCAGCAGGGCUACGGACAGCAGCAGCAAUACUAUACCCCACAGCAGCAACAGCAAGGAUACGGAUAUCCUCAGUACGGCCAGCAAGGCUACGGAGCCCAAGGCCAGUACCCCCAGUACGCACAGCAGGGCGCACAGCAGGGCUACAGCCAGCAAUAUGGUGCCUUCAACCAGCAGCCCGGCGGAUUCCAACAGCCUCAAGGUCAGGCCCAGCAGAGGCAGGUCCCCGUAAUUGCAAAGAGGCCACAGGCAGGAGACAGUGCUGCGCCCGCGCAGAGUGCGCCCUCGCCUGCUCCAGCUGCGAAGCCUGUCACAACGACCAGCGCCGGACCGAAGGUACUAAGCAUCACCGGAGACGCGCCCAAAGCCAAAGUCCUGUCCAUUAGCGCAGAUACCACAACCAAAGUCGAGACCGCCGGCAAGACAAAGGUUCUCAGCAUCGGCUCGACCGCACCACCAGCGUCAGCAGCAAAGGAGAACGUGGACAAGGAAGCUCCCGAGGCUGGAGCGAAGGUAGCGGCCGCCAAGGCCAUCGAGAAGACUGGUGAACCAGCAGCAACAAAAGCCGCGUCCGGGAAGUCAUCGCCAACGCCCUCCAGUGGCCGUAACAGUCCCUCUCGUGGAGAAGUAAGGGCAGCCCGGGAAGCAGACGCAGUUGCCAAGGAACAAGCCGCCGAGGUCGAUGAAGAAGUUCUGGCAGAGAUCUACGGAAAAGAGCACGUUAAUGUGAUCUUCCUGGGUCAUGUCGAUGCUGGUAAAUCUACUCUCGGGGGAUCCAUAUUGUAUGCCACUGGUAUGGUUGAUGAGCGAACGAUGGACAAGUAUAAGCGAGAAGCGAAAGAGCAAGGCCGAGAAACAUGGUACCUAUCAUGGGCCCUAGAUCUGACCAAAGAAGAAAGAUCUAAAGGCAAGACCGUCGAAGUGGGAAAGGGCUUCUUCGAGACCGAGAAGCGUCGCUAUAGCAUUCUCGAUGCACCAGGCCAUAAGACGUACGUCCCAAAUAUGAUCGGAGGUGCAUCACAGGCCGAUGUUGGUGUUCUCGUUAUUUCCGCGCGAAAGGGAGAAUACGAGACUGGUUUCGAGAAGGGUGGCCAGACUCGAGAGCACGCUAUGCUUGCGAAGACUCAGGGUGUGAACAAGCUUGUCGUGGCUGUCAACAAAAUGGACGACAUUACAGUAGAAUGGAGCGAAGCGCGAUUCAAGGAGUGCACAUCAAAGCUAGCGCUAUUCUUGAAAGGUGUUGGAUACAACCCAAAGACAGACCUUGCGUUUAUGCCUAUUAGCGCCCAGACCACGCUUGGAAUCAAAGACCGAGUACCAAAGAGCAUUGCGCCUUGGUAUGACGGCCCCUCGCUUCUAGAAUAUCUCGACAACAUGCAAACUCUGGAGCGUAAAGUCAACGCCCCGUUCAUGAUGCCCAUUGCGGCAAAGUAUCGGGAUAUGGGCACCAUGAUAGAAGGAAAGAUCGAGGCUGGAGUCAUCAAGAAAGAUACCAAGUACAUGAUGAUGCCCAACCGCGAAUUGAUCAGCAUAUCCGCGCUGUACGGCGAACAAGAAGACGAGAUUUCCGCCGCAACCUGCGGAGACCAAGUUCGCAUGCGAAUCCGAGGCGUCGAAGAAGAAGAUAUUCUUCCUGGUUUCGUGCUUUGCUCAGAGAAACGUCCAGUCCAUUGUGUCUCGGUAUUCGAAGCACAGGUAGUCCUACUGCCUGAGCUGAAGAGUAUCCUCAGUGCUGGAUUCAAUUGCGUCAUGCAUGUGCACGCCGCUCAAGAAGAAGUUACGUUUGUUGCAUUACUACACAAGCUCGAGAAAGGCACAGGUCGACGGUCAAAGAAGGCGCCUGGUUUUGCCACGAAGGGCAUGUCUAUCAUUGCGCGAAUCGAGGUCACAGGUGGAGCUGGCUCGAUUUGUGUCGAGCGAUUCGAGGACUACCCACAACUGGGUCGCUUUACCCUCCGAGAUCAGCAGGGCCAAACCAUCGCCAUUGGGAAGAUCACGAAGCUCAUCACGGACCCGGCCGCGCCAGAAGCUUCUUAA